UCCCCGGCACUCCACACCGCAGAGCUCUCCGGCAGUCUGGCUCUCUCCAUCCCAAUCCCGACCUACCGCCCGCUCUCGCACGCCAUGGACGCCACGGCCACCGGCGCCAAGGGGAAGAAGGGCGCGGCCGGGCGCAAGGCCGGCGGCCCCAGGAAGAAGUCGGUGACGCGGUCCGUGAAGGCGGGGCUCCAGUUCCCCGUCGGCCGCAUCGGGCGGUACCUCAAGAAGGGCCGCUACGCCCAGCGCGUCGGGACCGGCGCCCCCGUCUACCUCGCCGCCGUCCUCGAGUACCUCGCCGCCGAGCUGCUGGAGCUCGCCGGGAACGCCGCCAAGGACAACAAGAAGAGCCGCAUCAUCCCCCGCCACCUGCUGCUCGCCGUCAGGAACGACGAGGAGCUCGGCAAGCUGCUGGCCGGCGUCACCAUCGCGCACGGCGGCGUCAUCCCCAAGAUCAACCCGGUGCUGCUCCCCAAGAAGACGGCGGAGAAGGAGGGCAAGGCGCCCAAGUCCCCCAAGAAGACUGCCAAGUCGCCCAAGAAGGCCGCCACCCCGAAGAAGGCCUAAGAGAUGCGUUCUGAGUUGUUUAGUCUGUGUGCUGUGUAGUGUUCGUCUGAAUAGCGGAGUGAAGGUGUUCUGUCUAGUUGUCGAUGUAACCUGUGUUGUGAUGGAAGAAAUUCAGAAAUCUCUUUUGAGUUUCCAAA